UCGAAUGUGCUAUUGGGGUUCCCAAAUAACGGGGACAAACAGACAGACAAAAAGACACACAGACGGAUGGACGGACAGAUAGGCAAGUCAUCCCAAAAAUUAUAUAGCGUAAGGGGUUCCGCGUUUUCUUUUUUUGUUUUGUUUUCAUUCUUUAUUUAUUUAUUUGCUUUAUUUAUUUAUUUAUCGAUUGAUUGCGUUUUAAUUACUACCUUGUGACAGUGAGGGAGGGAGGAGGAGCGAAGGCCAGCUGUGCACGUUGUGUAGCCUUAUUUAUUAUUUAUUUAUUUUAAUUAGAUGAAUUCGGUUAUUUAUUUGUAUUUAAAACACAAAUCGCUGCUUAGUAUGCGUGUGCGUGUGUGGGCCAGUGUGAACAGCUAGAAACCAAAUAUAUGAACCAAAUACACAAAUCCAAAUAAGAACACAGCUGCUGGCUUUUAUACAUAUGCCAGUGAGACGAAAUAUCGUCUUUUUAUUGAAUUUGAAAUUAAUAUUAAUAGUUUUAUUUACAAGCGAAAACCAAAGCAAAAUCGAGUGGAGGGUGCGAGAGGGAGGCCAGCGACUGUUACGCUGACUGUUCUCACAUCUGUCUCGACAGGGAAAGCAAAAAAGACAAAAUACUAAGAAAGAAAAAGAAGAUUUUAUGGGAGAAUAACACAGGAAAUACACAAAGCGAAUUAUCCGUGGGCUGCAGCUUGCAAUUCACGAAAGCGGCAAACGACAGAGGGGGCAAACAGAAAAUACGAAUAGUAAUAUUGCAACUAGUACUACAAAUAAUAACAACAAUAAUAACUCAGAUCAUUGUAUAAAUAACCAAACAGUAGCAUUACCGCUUAAGAAAACGACUCCACUAUCCGUCUGUGUGUGUUAGUCUGGGCUGGGAGCUUUAAUUACAACACAACCAAGGGACCAUCGAACAUAUGUAGCUAUUCUAUACAUAUUUAUAAACAGAGAAAAAGAGUCACCGACACAAAACAGAUAUUUAAAAUGUAAAUAUAACUAGGUUCCAUAUAUUUCAACCUAGUUUUACGAACUACUGCGAAUUUAUUUUUUUCCAUACCAAAUAUAUUUAAAACAAUCUACCUGGAAAUCAGACGAAGACACAGAGAAGAAAAGAAGAAUAUUGUCAUUAUUACGAUAAUUAAUCAAAGAACAGAAGACUGAGGAUCAUGUUUGUUCCCUUGCCGGUGCCGUUCGUCUUUCAGAGAACUGCUUCCGAUAUCAACGCUUGGCGUCUCAAGUCCCCGCUGGCUCUGCGGUCCAACUCCGAUAUAAGGAUGUCGAAGCCAGUAGAGAUUGAGAAGCAAGGAGCCGACUCUCCAAUGGAGAGCACAGACUCAGAAAGAAAUGGCCCAGACACCAACCAUCAGGUUCAGCCAAUGAAAAUCAGUCCCUUCUCCCUCUCGCCCACUCUGAGCAGCACCAAGGGCAAACUCGAGGAGUGCGGUGAGAUGUCCCCCAGCCCCGCACCGGCACCCUCUCAGGCGGCCCUUCCCCACACACAGCUCAUGCUUACUGGCAGUCAGCUGGCGGGGCUCACUGCCCUCCUGCCGGCGCAGCAGCAGCUCUUACUGCAGCAGGCGCAGGCUCAGCUUCUGGCGGCUGCCGUGCAGCAGUCCAGCGCUGCUCACGCCGCCCAUGCAGCCAAUCAGCAGCAGCAGCAGCAGCAACAGCAGCAGCAGAGUCAACAGACAGCACAGUCGCAGGCACACAGCACACAGGAGCAGCAGGCAGGCACCCCAGCUCCGCCCCCUCCGCCGCAGCUUACCCUCUCUCAGCCAAUCCAGCUCACUGCCCAGGAUAUCCAGCACCUGCUGCAGCUGCAGCAAUUGGUCCUGGUGCCUGGACACCACCUGCAGUCACCUGCGCAGUUUCUUCUGCCCCAAACACAGCAAGGGCAACAAGGUCUGCUAUCGACACCAAAUUUAAUUCCGCUACCUCAGCAAAACCAAGGGAGCCUCCUGUCAGCUCCACCCAGACUGGGGCUUCAAGCACAGGUAGGCCACUGUGUCUGGCAUGGGGAUGCCUGUCCCCCCUCCGCUAGCCGUGUACCUGGGCGCUGUGGUAACCGUGCCUCCCCACCACAGAGAGACAAGGGUGUGGACAGUGGCGUGAGCUCAGCAAACUCCGUGACCUCCCACCCCGAGGAGCCCAGCGACCUGGAGGAGCUGGAGCAGUUUGCACGCACCUUCAAACAGAGGAGAAUCAAGCUGGGCUUCACACAGGGCGAUGUGGGGCUGGCCAUGGGCAAACUCUACGGCAACGACUUCAGCCAGACGACCAUCUCUCGCUUUGAGGCACUCAACCUCAGCUUCAAGAACAUGUGCAAGCUGAAGCCCCUGCUGGAGAAGUGGCUCAACGAUGCCGAGACCAUGUCCAUUGACAGCACGUUGCCCAGCCCCAGCUCCCUCUCCUCUCCGUCGCUGGGCUUCGAGGGACUCCCUGGCCGCCGCAGGAAGAAGCGCACCAGCAUUGAGACCAAUGUCCGCGUGGCCUUAGAACGCAGCUUCAUCGCGAACCAGAAGCCUACCUCAGAGGAAAUCCUGCUGAUCGCGGAGCAGUUGAAUAUGGAGAAGGAGGUGAUCCGGGUCUGGUUCUGCAACCGGCGCCAGAAAGAGAAACGCAUCAACCCUACCAGCGCCACCCCUCCCUUGCCCAGCCAGCCCCCCCCUCCGACGCACAAACCCCCCUGCUACAGCCCGCACAUGAUGUCCAGUCCGGGACUGUCCCAGGCCGUCACCAGCCUCAGCACAACAGUGACCACGAUGUCUUCAGUCUGCCCUCUGACCCCAAGCGGCACUGCGACCAUGAGCUCCGCCCCUUCCCCAGUGACCCCGCCACCUCGCAGCACAGCCAGCCCCGCCCCUCCCAGCCACAGCACACUGAGCCUCAACACAGGCUUGUGGCGUAUGGGUAAAAAGAACGGUGACGUGUCUCACUGCAUCACUGAUUUCGCUGCAAACUUGAGGAACACAAUGAUGGGAGUUAACACAGGGAUGAACCAAGCGCUCAUCAGCAACAACCCCCUGGCUACCAUUCAAGCUCUGGCAGUCAGUGGUGGCCAGCUGCCCAUUUCCAGUCUUGAAGGGGGCAGUAAGGUGUUGCUGGGUGGAGCUGGGGGCACAGGUGGGGGCCUGCCAUCCUCCCUCUUCCUGAACCACUCUGCCCUGCUGCCCAUGGGGCCGGGCGCCGGCGUGGGAUUGGUCAGCGCUGCUGUAGCCAAGGCGACAAAACACACAUCGUUCCCCGCCGCCAGCAGCAUGAGCCCCACCUCCUGCUCCCCCUCUUCCUGCUCAAGCUCUGCUUCUUCCUGCUCCUCCAGUGAGGUGGCACACAGCCCAUCCGCUCUGGGAGGAGCCAAGACUGAGUGACGCAGCCCGUGGGCCAAUCACAAUGAAGGAGGAGAAGGAAGAGGAGGAAGUACAAAACCUCGCCUUUCAACCAAAGCUAUCUUUCUCUCUCCCUCCAUUUCUUGCUUUCACUCUCUCUCUCAGUCUUUCAAAGCCAAAAAUACACAGAAUGAAAGAGAGGAGAGAGAAGGAGAGAAAGAGGUGGAGGAGGAAAAGGGGAAAGGGGGAGAUUUAAACCAAAAAAUUAUCUAUCUAAGCAGAUGGAGAGGAGGCAUUGUGGGACUUUUUUGUCAACAAAGAAUGAAUACGCGCGUUGUCUCUACUCUGAAAAAAAAUGAAUGAAAAAACAGGGAGCGGACAAGAGGACGGAGACACGUGACGAUUCUUGUGAACCAAAAAUGACAAAAAACUUUACUGUGUGUUAGGAUGGUGGCAAGAACAAAGAGGUGAGAGAAAGACUUUUACUGAAAAGAUGCAGGGGAAAGAAGGAAAAGGAUCUUAAACCAAAAAAAAAUAAGAAGGAAGAAA